AUGUCCCUCUGCCUCCUUUUCCUCCUAUGGCUAGUCUCCAUCCCUCUCCUCGCCCACUCUCAACCUAACCCUAGAGGUUACCUCCUAAACUGUGGAGCUGGGCCGACAUCUGAGAGCGUAACAGUAGGGAACCUAAAGUACACGACAGACGAGGGCUUUAUAUUGGUAGGAAACACCAGCACCAUCAAACAGGAAGACCUUGUCCCCAUACUUGCCACAUUGCGCUAUUUCCCUAACAAGUCCGCACGUAAGUACUGUUACUCUAUCCCUGUUAUCAAAGGUGGUAAGUACCUCGUGCGCACCACGUACUAUUAUGGCAAUUUUGAUGGCGGGAAGGAGCCUCCGGUAUUUGAUCAAAUUGUGGAGGGGACUAAAUGGAGUGUGGUUAACACCACGGAGGACUAUGCAAAUGGGUUGAGCUCGUAUUAUGAAAUUGUGGUGCAUGCCAAGUCGAAGACGUUUAGCGUGUGCCUUGCGAGGAAUAACAUGACAGGGUCGGAUUCUAGCCCCUUUAUCUCGGCUCUUGAGCUGGAGUACUUGGAUGAUUCAGUGUAUAAUACCACAGAUUUUAACAAGUAUGCACUUAGCACAGUGGUUAGGAGUAGCUUUGGAACAUCUGAAGGUGACAUAAUUGGUUUUCCAGAUGACAAGUUCAACCGGUUAUGGCAACCACAAAUGGACCAGAACCCUAUUGUGAGAUGCAAGGCCAAUGUAACUCCUUCCGAUUUCUGGAACAUCCCACCAGCAAAAGCAUUCCACAAUUCUAUCACAACAAGCCGAGGGAAGCAAUUGCAUGUCAAAUGGCCAUCCUGGCCACUCCCCAGUGCAGCUUACUACAUUGCAUUAUACUUCCAGGACAAUCGAAACCCGAGCCCGUUUAGUUGGAGAGUCUUCAAUGUUUCUAUCAACGGCAAGAACUUCCAUUCCAAUGUCAAUGUUACCACCAAGGGUUUGACAGUUUACGCGCCGAAAUGGCCUCUAUCCGGGCAAACUGAGAUUGUCAUGACUCCAGGUCAAGGGGUACCAGUCGGGCCUGUCAUCAGUGCUGGUGAGAUCUUGCAGGUCUUGCCUCUUGGAGGAAUGACUCUCCCUAGAGAUGUUAUGGCAAUGAAUGAGUUGAGAAGAAACUUUGACAACCCACCUCCCGAUUGGAGUGGCGAUCCUUGUCUACCUGAAGGGAAUUCAUGGACUGGUGUUACGUGUGAUCGCGGGAAGUUUUUUCGAGUAAUAACUUUGAAUCUAACCGGCGCUGGAAUAUCCGGGUCACUAGCACCAAACAUAGCAAAUUUAACUGCACUCCACCAUAUUUGGCUUGGGGGGAACAAACUUUUAGGCAACAUCCCAGACAUGAGCUCAUUGAAGGAAUUGCAGAGUUUGCAUUUGGAGAAAAACCAGCUUGAAGGAUCAAUUCCUGAAUCAUUAGGCCGACUUCCAAAACUGCACGAGAUUUUCCUUCAGGAUAACAAGCUUGAGGGUGAUGUCCCUGAGACGCUACAGGAUACAAAGAUAAACAUUCAGUUGAAGAAUGAGGUUGACAGUGAACCAGAAUCUCCAGUUAACAUGUGA